GGACGGUUGCUUGCUGAUACUCUCCACGCACCCACCCUUCUCUCCCCAAGCAUGAUCCUUCUACCUCCCGAGUCGGAAGCCAGCCAGCCAGCUAGCCUCCCUCCCCUCACUCAGUGGGUCCUUUUUACUCCCGAGGUUGUAAAGGGCAGCUAAACUAUUGCAUAAGUUGAACCAUACCUGGGCCAUGUCGUCUAUAUUGCCGUUUACUCCACCUGUUGUGAAGAGACUCUUGGGCUGGAAGAAGUCUGCCAGUGGUUCAGGAGGUGCUGGUGGGGGUGAGCAGAAUGGUCAGGAAGAAAAAUGGUGUGAGAAAGCAGUUAAAAGUUUGGUGAAGAAGCUCAAGAAGACAGGACAGCUGGAUGAGCUUGAAAAAGCAAUCACCACUCAAAACUGCAAUACAAAAUGUGUUACCAUACCAAGCACUUGCUCUGAAAUUUGGGGACUGAGUACACCAAAUACGAUAGAUCAGUGGGAUACAACAGGCCUAUACAGCUUCUCUGAACAAACCAGGUCUCUUGAUGGCCGCCUGCAAGUAUCUCACCGUAAAGGAUUACCACAUGUUAUUUACUGCCGUUUGUGGCGCUGGCCUGACCUUCACAGUCAUCAUGAACUUAAGGCAAUUGAAAACUGUGAAUAUGCUUUUAAUCUUAAAAAGGAUGAAGUUUGCGUAAACCCUUACCAUUACCAGAGAGUGGAGACUCCAGUUCUGCCUCCUGUCCUAGUGCCGCGGCAUACAGAGAUUCUGACUGAACUUCCACCACUCGAUGACUAUACUCAUUCCAUUCCCGAAAACACCAAUUUUCCAGCAGGAAUUGAACCACAGAGCAAUUACAUACCAGAAACACCACCGCCUGGCUAUAUCAGUGAAGAUGGAGAAACAAGUGACCAGCAGUUGAACCAAAGCAUGGAUACAGGAUCUCCAGCAGAGCUGUCUCCCAGUACGCUCUCUCCUGUCAAUCACAGCCUGGACUUGCAGCCAGUUACCUAUUCCGAACCUGCUUUUUGGUGUUCUAUAGCAUAUUAUGAAUUAAAUCAGAGAGUGGGAGAAACUUUCCAUGCGUCGCAGCCUUCACUUACUGUAGAUGGCUUUACGGAUCCAUCAAACUCUGAAAGAUUCUGCCUAGGCUUGCUCUCCAACGUUAAUAGAAAUGCCACUGUGGAAAUGACAAGACGGCACAUAGGAAGGGGAGUGCGUCUGUAUUACAUCGGAGGAGAAGUUUUCGCUGAGUGCCUAAGCGAUAGUGCAAUCUUUGUUCAGAGCCCCAAUUGUAAUCAAAGAUAUGGCUGGCAUCCUGCAACCGUGUGCAAAAUCCCACCAGGCUGCAACCUGAAGAUCUUUAAUAACCAGGAAUUUGCUGCUCUUCUGGCUCAGUCUGUGAAUCAGGGCUUUGAAGCCGUGUAUCAGCUAACUCGAAUGUGUACCAUAAGGAUGAGUUUUGUAAAAGGAUGGGGAGCUGAAUACAGGCGACAAACGGUAACAAGCACUCCAUGUUGGAUUGAGCUUCACCUGAACGGGCCUCUACAGUGGUUGGAUAAAGUAUUGACUCAGAUGGGCUCCCCAUCAGUGCGCUGUUCCAGCAUGUCGUAAAGCUCCUUCUCAUUACUUGAGGGCUUAAAAUACAAAGUCUGGGCAACAGACUUAAAUCUUAACAGCUCGUCUGUCGUAGUAACUCGUGUGUGGUCUCCAUGAACUGUUUCCUAUCCAAAACAUUCAGAGAGAGAGAAAGAGAGUGAGAGCACUUGAGGGUCUCGUCAAUUUUAAAGCACCUUGUGGAUUUUGUUUCCUAUACUCUGAUACUAGAUGAAAAGUUAGUGUAUAGAAACACCUUCUUCUGAAGGAGGGAGGGACAUUUUAAAGACUUUAAUGGUGUUUUUAUUGGGUAUAUAUAAAUUGAGUGUCCUAAAGGUUUACCAAUAACAUGGAUGGUUCAGUUAAUGUAUCAUGGACCCCCCAUUUGGCACCAUUCUGCUGUCCCGAGUUUUAAUUUCCAUUGAUGUGCAGAGCAAUUUGACUCAGGCAGCCAUCUCUUAAAAAGCCCAAGUUCUUGCUUCUCUAUAUUUUUUAUAUUUUUAUAUAUAAAUAUAUAUGCAGGCUUUCCGCUGUCCUAUAACAGAAUUUAUGCAGAAAAGCUUCUCCUCCCCCCCUCCCCUAACUAUUCCAAGUGUACUAGCUGUCACCUUAAACCCCUCUUUGGAGUGGGAGAGAUACUUGGGUUUCAUCUCUUGAAAUCUUGAGUGUUGAGUAUGCUUAACAGGCCUGAAAUGUACAAUGUAAUUUUGCAUUCCCCCCCCUUCUCUCCCAAAAUCAUGCUUAGAAAAUAGUUCCUUCCUUCCUUUGCCCAUCUGGGGAAAUGGCAUCUGUUGCCGGCGAUGGGUGCUUUGAUGCUGCUGGCCCUGAGGUCCAGCUUGCCCCUUUGUGUUUGAAGAUGUGGUGGGAGAUGCACCAAUAAGCCACUGAAGCUGUAACAUAGUGCAGCCUCUUGGCAACAGUUAAGAGAUCGCAAGCAGACUGCGGGUUACGCUUUCCUCCCUUUACCCUUAAUGAUGGUUAAUUACAAUGGAAUCGACGUUAACUUGUCAGUGGCGUCUUCUUAACCUUGGUUUCAAAUUCUGGUUAAGAGGAACAUCAGGAAAGCUUUAACCUUACCUAACAGCGCUACUGUGGUGAUGCUUAACUGGGGGGAGGGAGGGUGGGGGAUAGAGACCUGGGUGGAAGGGGGGGAGGCCCUGCUUCCAAUCUCUUAACUGUCUGCACCAGCCCUCUGUCUGAAGUGUUGCCAGAUCUUCAACGCUGGGUCUGCAGUGCAUGCAUGCACGCAGCUAUUGUAAAAUAAGUCUUUAGCAAGGAAGCCAAGAGCAGUUCCUGAAUCUCUCUUCUCCAAGAAGGACAUGUACAUUGCUGAUUCAUCAUCACCUUCGUGUGGAUGAAUGCUCACAUUCAAAGAAGUGCCUGUGUUUUUCAGAAGUAACAGGCGAAGCAGCUUGUAAGAUGUUGAUGAUCGUUUUGCAUCUUGAAACCCUUCAUAAGAACCUUCAGUUAUCCAUGUAGCCGGGAUGAGUAUGUGGAAUGCGGAAGUUGAACUCUACUCCCUUGGACUCAGCAUUUUUUUAAGGUUGCCAGGGUGCAAUCGAGAGACUUGUCUGAAUCACUUUUAAAUCGAUUGAAGAAGUGGGGGAGACAACUCUGGCUUCUUCCCCCCCCCAAAAAAAUUCCCUUUCUUUGUCCUUUUACCUGCCGUCACCUGGUGUAGCAGGAGUCCAUAUGUGCCAGGCAGCAGUUUGAGUCAGAGUAGAAGGAACUUGGGUGGCAGAAGCCACACCAUCCUUAUAUCCUGCUUCACUGAUAGAUUUUUUAAAGAUAACAGUCUAAAUCUCCCAAGUUUACAAUCUAAAAGUAUUUCCCUCGCUCCCACACAGUGAAAUGUACCUUCCACAAGGGUUUGAACAUAAAACUUGACCAGGCUUACUGGGCUAGUCAGAUCAAAAUCGUGUGGCUUUGCUUAAUAAGCCUCCGUGAUGGAAGGGGUAGAUCUUGCGCAGUAGUUCUGCAUACUCCCCAAGCUGGGUGUUGUGACCAGCCAAAAAAAGAAGACUCCCUGUAGUACAUGUUAUUGUGAACCCUUGGACACUACAUCUGAAUCUUGCUUUAAGAAAUAUUUUGAAUUAUAUUCUACAGAUACGUCUGGGUUGGGUAAGGGUUGGGAAACUGUAUAGAAGGGUUAUUCUGACUUGAAAAGGUAUACAUCUUACUAACAAUCUUGUGAUCUAGCUGUCUGUCAUCCUCUUGUUAUUGUGGCAGUAGCAGGAUUGCCUUUUUUGUCUGUUUUCUUUCCUUCUCCUUCCCUCCCCCCGCCCCACCCCAAAUUGUUUAUUUGCACUAGUAUUGUACUUUGUAAGUACACCUAGUGACAACUUCAGCUUUGAGAACAAACGUGGCCAGUGUUAAGCUUUGUAAUCAGCUGACUGAACUGAAGAAGACAGUGGAUAUUUUUAAUGCCAUAAUAAAUAGGGCAUAGGAGCAAUACCAAAAAAAAAAAAAAAUCAAGCCUGGGGUUGGGUGGGUGGAAUCAAAGUGGGCUGGACAAUAUAAAAGAAUUGGCGAAGCAGUUACCAAUUUGUGUAGUUUUACCAGUAGCACAGUGUAUUGGUAGAACUUGUGAACCUAAGAAAUAAGCUUUCAUGCGUGUUGCAUUUGCCUAAUAUGUGAAUACACUAAUAAAAAAUUUAAUUCUCA